AUGUCAGAGGAUUCCAAUAAGAUUUUGUUAAAAACAAGUUUUAAAUCGAUUAAAACGAUCGAAUCUAUUUAUACAGGUGGCAAAGUGUGCAUUACCCACGAUGCGAAGUAUCUACUGACAACACUCAACGAGGACAUUAUUGUGACCGAACUUGACACCGGGAAACAGGUGCAUCAGUUAGAAGGCGACACUGAAAUUGUCACCACGAUGGCAGUCAAACCGGAUGGAAAGCAUUUAGUCAGCGCCAGUCGCAGUUUAUUUCUUCGCAUAUGGGAUCUAGAAAAGGGACAAGUGGUGCGCACCAUCAAUAAAGCGCAUGAUGCACCGAUUAUCGUCAUGGACAUAGAUGCUACAUCGACACUUGUAGCUACAGGGUCAGCUGAUGCCAGCAUCAAAAUUUGGGAUAUCGACAAAGGAUAUGUGACGCACAACCUACGAGGCCAUGGCGGUGUUAUCAGUGCUGUCAAAUUCCACAAACACAACGGCAAAUGGUAUCUUGCCUCCGGUGCCGACGAUUGUCAGGUCCGUAUUUGGGAUUUACAAACACGUCGUUGCAUUGCCGUUUUGCAGAGCCAUGUCAGUGUGAUUCGUGGACUGGAUUUCUCAGCCGACGGCCGAUAUUUGAUUUCUGGCUCUCGUGAUAAAGUGGUCAACGUAUGGGAUUGGCAGGCCAAAGAAUUGAGAGCGACGUAUCCUAUCUUUGAGACGAUUGAGACAGUGGGAUUUUUGGAAAAGAAUGUCACAUUGGCCGGAAAGUACGGCCAACAGUGGCAAGAUGCGGAUAUAUUUUACACAGCAGGCGAUGCAGGCUUGAUCAAAUUGUGGGAUCUGAAAUCCGGACAGUUGAUCAAGGCCCAGGCGCCCGAGAAGAACGCGUCCCAUGCGAUUUCUGACGUGAUCUAUCUCCAAACGACACAAACAUUGGCAGCUGUCACGAACGAUCAGAACAUUCUGAUGUACAGUCUAGAACGUAGGUUAGAAAGAGUAAAGCAGAUUGUGGGGUACAAUGAUGAAAUUGUCGAUGUUGCUUAUUUGGGACAAGAGGCUCGCUAUGUGGCAGCGGCCACCAACAGUGCGCAACUGCGCAUCUACAAUGUAGAAACACAGGAUUGUGAGCUUUUGUAUGGACACAACGAUAUGAUCAUUGCACUGGACAAGUCAAAGGACGGCUCUUUGGUAGUCACUGCAUCGAAAGAUAAGACAGCGAGAUUAUGGCAGAUCAACUGGAAUGGGGAAGAGGGCACAGAUCGCUUCCGAUGCGUGGGUGUCUGCAUCGGCCACACAGAAUCCGUAGGUGCGGUUGCACUUUCGAGAAAAUCGAACCAUUUCAUGAUCACGGGCAGUCAGGAUAGAACCAUCAAAUAUUGGAAUCUUUGCGAUUUAGAUGUAGAGAAUGCAGAUGAAGACUAUCGACCCAAAUCACUUUAUACACACCAAGCGCAUGAUAAAGACAUCAAUACCAUCUGCGUAGCACCGAACGACAAAGUGUUUGCUACGGGCUCGCAGGAUAAAACAGCCAAAUUAUGGAAUGUCGAUACCGGUGAGUUGCUAGGCGUCAUGAAGGGCCAUAAACGUGGCGUGUGGUGUGCCAAGUUUUCUCCUGUAGAUCAAGUGUUGGCGACCAGUUCGGGCGAUAAAACCAUCAAGAUUUGGAGUUUGAAAGACUUUACGUGUUUGAAAACAUUCGAGGGACAUACCAAUUCUGUUUUGAGAGUCGAUUUCUUAACAGCGGGCACACAGCUUGUAUCGGCAGGUUCGGAUGGUCUAGUGAAAGUAUGGACGAUCAAGACAAACGAAUGUGCCUCGACUCUGGAUAACCAUACGCAAAAGGUGUGGGCAUUGGCAGUGAGAGAGGAUGAGAAGUGUAUCGUGUCGGGUGGUGCAGAUUCAGUGAUCAAUUUCUGGGAAGAUGUGACGCUGCAGGAGCAAGAAGACGAAUUGAAACAAAAGGAAGAACUCAUCAUAAAGGAACAAGAAUUACAGAACUUUAUGCGCAAAAAAGAUUAUCUUAAUGCUAUUCUACUAGCGCUGUCGUUGGAGCAGCCUUUCCGAUUGUUAGGUCUGUUUAGGGAAUUGUAUGAAAAUAGAGCGGAAGGCGAUGAAACAAGCAUCACAGGUUCAGCCAAUGUGGAUAAAAUUCUUGCAGAACUAUCACUGGACAAUAUUGAAAAGCUAUUAGGAUAUACCAGAGAUUGGAAUACCAAUGCAAAACAUUCUGACAUUGCACAGACAGUACUACACGCUAUUCUGUCAUCACGUACAUCCGAAGAGUUAGUAGCAAUGCCUUCUGCUAAAGAGAUUAUUGACGGUUUACUGCCCUAUACAGAUCGUCAUUACCAAAGGAUAGAUGACCUCAUAACGCAAUCGUUUAUUAUCGAUUAUACUCUUAGUAUUUAA